CUUUCAAAACUUCAUCAACUUCAUCAUUACCCCUGAAACAGCAUAAACACAGACUCCUUUAAGAUCAUUCAAGAAAAAAAAAGAUCUCGUUCAAUCAAACAAACAAUGGAGAAGAGAGAACCAACUCAUCAUCUCUACCUUCUUCCAUGUCUCUUCUUCCUGUCUCUCCUCUCCUUACUCCGACCAACCAUCUCCGACCCUAGAGCACGAUCCGUCAAAGUCACAUGCUCACCAAACCUCGAGCACAACGAAACCGUCUUCGUCCCAAACUUCCUAGCCUCGAUGGAGAAAAUCGGCCGACAGGUCCAAACCACCGGUUUCGGAACCGCUCUCACCGGUUCGGGACCAGACGCCAACUACGGUUUAGCACAGUGCUACGGAGACCUCCCUCUGAACGACUGCGUCCUCUGCUACGCGGAAGCGAGGACCAUACUCCCGAAAUGCUACCCUCAGAACGGAGGCAGGAUCUUCCUCGACGGGUGUUUCAUGAGAGCCGAGAACUACAGUUUCUACCACGAGUUCAAAGGACCCGAAGACACCGUCCUCUGCGGGAACGCCACCACUAAGAGAAACAACAGCGCCGCUUUCGGCCACGAGGUGAGACAGGUGGUGAGAGAAGCGGUCGCCGCGGCUCCUGGUAACGGAGGGUACGCUCGCCGCGGCGCGUCUGCUGAAAACGGAGAGUCUUCCGCGUUUGCGUUGGUGAACUGCUGGAGGAACCUGAGUCCUGAGUCUUGUAAACAGUGUCUGGAGGAUGCUUCUGCUUCUAUGGUUGACAAGUGUUUGCCGCGGUCCGAAGGACGCGCGCUUCACACUGGAUGUUUCCUUAGGUACUCUGAUCAAGAUUUCUUGAACAAGAUUCCAAGAAACGGAAGAUCAAGAGGCUCUGUAGUGGUGAUUGUUGUCUCGGUGCUUAGCUCUGUGAUUGUCUUUAUGGUUGGAAUAGCAAUUGGUGUUUAUAUCUGCAAACACCGAACCAUAGAGAAGAAGAGAAGAGGAUCUAACGAUGUUGAGAAGAUGGCGAAAACGCUGACGGACAGUAGCUUGAACUUCAAGUACUCAACGCUUGAGAAAGCGACAGGUUCUUUCGACAACGCGAACAAGCUUGGACAAGGAGGCUUUGGAACUGUCUAUAAGGGGGUUCUUCCAGAUGGACGAGAUAUCGCUGUGAAACGGUUGUUCUUCAACAACAGACACAGAGCAGCUGAUUUCUACAAUGAAGUAAACAUUAUCAGCUCUGUUGAACACAAGAACCUAGUCAGGCUGCUUGGUUGCAGCUGCUCAGGACCAGAGAGCCUUCUCGUUUAUGAGUACCUUCAGAACAAGAGCCUUGAUCGGUUCAUCUUCGAUGUUAACAGAGGAAAGACACUAGACUGGCAAAGAAGAUUUGUGAUCACUGUUGGAACAGCUGAAGGGUUGGUGUAUCUACACGAGCAGUCUAGUGUGAAAAUCAUCCAUAGAGAUAUAAAAGCAAGCAACAUUCUGCUAGAUUCUAAGCUUCAAGCUAAAAUAGCUGACUUUGGUCUGGCGAGAUCGUUCCAGGAGGAUAAGAGUCAUAUCAGCACAGCUAUUGCUGGGACUUUAGGCUAUAUGGCUCCAGAGUACUUGGCACAUGGUCAGCUAACAGAGAAAGUAGAUGUCUACAGCUUCGGUGUUCUUGUACUAGAGAUUGUAACUGGAAAGCAGAACACAAAAAGCAAAAUGUCUGAUUAUUCAGACAGUUUGAUUACAGAAGCGUGGAAGCAUUUUCAGUCAGGAGAGUUGGAGGAAAUAUAUGAUCCAAACCUGAACUGGCAGAAUCAGAAUGAUAGUUUAAUCAUCAAGAAGGAGAUAGUGAGAGUUGUUCAGAUAGGGCUAUUGUGCACUCAAGAAAUGGCAUCGCUAAGACCAUCCAUGUCAAAGGUGUUGCAUAUGCUAAAGAACAAAGAGGAAGUGUUGCCGCUGCCGAGUAAUCCUCCGUUUAUGGAUGAAAGAGUCAUGGAGUUUCGAGAUGGUUCUGAUGGCGAUUCAGCUGCUUGUGCUUCUCUUGCCACUGUCUCUCAAAGUUCCUUCUAUGGUAGAUGAGCCUUUGGAAUAUUGUUGAGCAUAAACCAAAGUUUUGUGCAUAAACCAGUAAGAAGAACUAAGCUAGUAUAUAUAUAUAGAAUAGAUAGAUGUGAACUUUGUGUUAAAAAAAAGGAUAGAUGUGAACUUAAAUAGAUUUGUAUACUGCAAUGAGGAUAUUCCAUGGAGGUAGUAAGUUCAUAUAUGAACUAAAAAGUAAUAUACUGGAAGAGAAUGUUUAAACUCAAA